UUGCGCCUCUUGCCAUUCAUCUUGUGACACUUGCAAUGGUUCCGCCGAAUCGCAAUGCAUCACUUGCCGUUCUGGGCGCUUUGCUUUCGAUGGCAAAUGCUUAAACAAUUGCCCGGACGGUUACUAUGCGGACAAGAAGCGCCAGGAAUGUGUUGCUUGCCCCACUGGUUGUGCAACAUGUAGCAGCAAUGGCUUUUGCCUCACAUGCCAUGAAAAUUGGACACGCAACAAGAAAGGCAAAUGUAUUAUAUCUGGCAGUGAAAAUUGUGAUGAAUCUGAAUACUAUGACAACAAUCACUGUCACGCCUGCCAUUCCACGUGCGAAACCUGUGAUGGACCCACCGAAUCGCAUUGCCUCUCGUGCCCUCAAAGUCUACUCCUACAAUCGCAACGCUGUGUGAGCAGCUGUGAUGAUGGGUUCUACAUGGAGGCGGGUAUUUGUGCCAAAUGUCUUCACACCUGCACACAAUGCGUGUCACGAAUGAACUGCACUGCCUGCGCCAAAGGAUUGCAGCUGCAAAGUGGCGAAUGUCGCACAACUUGCGCUGAUGGCUACUACAGCGACCGUGGCACCUGCGCCAAGUGUUACCUCAGCUGCCACACCUGCAGCGGUCCGCGGCGCGACCAGUGCGUUCAGUGUCCGACAGAUUGGCAGUUGGCUGGCGGCGAAUGUCAUCCCGAGUGCCCGGAGGGUUUCUACAAGUCCGAGUUUGGCUGUCAGAAGUGUCAUCAUUAUUGCAAAACUUGCAACGGCGCCGGUCCAUUGGCCUGCACAUCCUGUCCGCUGCAUUUCAUGCUUGACGGCGGUCUCUGCAUGGAGUGCCUGGGCUCACAGUACUAUGACUCACCCACGCAAACAUGUAAAACGUGUCAUGACUCGUGUCGUUCCUGCUCCGGCCCUGGCCAGUAUUCAUGCAAAACUUGCGCGUUCCCUCUGCAUUUGGAUCGUUUGAAUAAUCAGUGUGUGCCCUGCUGUCCCACCGAUGCGGCACCGGAGGAUCAGUCAUGCUGUCAUUGUGAUAAGGAUACUGGAGGUUGCAUCAAUGCUUCACCUGCGGGCAAACGUCGCAUUGCGGCCGCCGCUGAGCAGCAGCAGUUUGGUAGCGCGUACAGUGGCGGACUGUAUGGUGGUCUGUUGGACGAGGAUACCGCGGGUGGCAGCGGUGGCGCCUUUGGUGGUUUCUUUUCACGUGUCGGUUCACCGCUGACGACAAUUACUGCCAUUGCGGUGGCCGCAUGUCUGUUGGUUGUCACCGUGUUUGCGCUCAUCUUUGCUGUGUUGCAGGUAAGUUGCGAUUUUAGUGUAAUUCAAAUGUUUCGAUGGGGCUAA